AUGAAAACUAAAGCCAUUCGCUCGAAUUCUCGAAAAGUCCAAAAGAAGGUUCCGACAAUGCGUCGGAAAACAGAACUUCGUCAGAAAACCAACGAGAAACUCCUUCCACCAGAAGAGCUGAAAGCUCUCUACGUGAAGAGACAACAGAAACUCGAGCAGAAGCGAAUUUUCAUCGAAAAAAUUAUCAAACGGCUUCGCAACGCCUCGAGAAGUGGCCACGUCGAGCACAUCAACAAAAUCUUCAAUCAGAUGAGGAUCAAGGAUCAUAUCAACGCUGGAACUAGUCAAGGGCUCACUGCGCUUCACUGGGCCGCGGCAAGGGGUCAUUAUGACAUCGUGAAACUCCUGGUUGAAAAUGGAGCGAAUCCGACUUUGCUGACAGCCCGGGGAAAAACUGCUGCGGAUUUGACGAGAUUCCGUGAUGUCAAAAAACUCCUCCUCGAGGAAGAAGAUCGUUGGGUAGACACACACGGGCGAGCGAAACCAAUUUUCAACCCCCAUUCGAAGCCAGACCCACUCGACGCUUACGACGAAUAUAUUUCCGGACUGGAAAAACAAAUCAUCGACAACGACACGCGCAAGGGAAAAAUUCGAAUGGACCCGAGAUUGAGAAAGAGCACAAAUCUCCUCGCUCUGACUAGGCCAACAAAUCUUCCUGGACUCAAAUGA